AUGGCAUUGUCUGAAAUCAUUGGCUACGACUAUGCCUUCUUUGCAUUCACCUCUUACGGCCACUACUUUCACCAAGUACGCAAGAUCGUCAUGCUUGAGCUCCUUUCCGGUCACCGCAUUGAGAUGCUCAAACACAUCAGAGAAUCCGAAGUGAAUGCGUCAAUAAAAGAAAUAUACGAGCGGUGGACGGAGAACAACAAGAGUAGUUGUUCGAAUGCAGUGGUUGUGGAGAUGGAGGAGUGGUUUGGGGAUAUAAGUGAGAAUUUGGAUUUGGGUGGGCAUGAGAAGGCCAUGAAGAAGAUGGCAAAGGAAAUAGAUGAUAUGCUUCAAGGAAGGGUAGAAGAACACAAGCAGAAGAGGAAGAUUGGUGGUGGCGUGAAGGAUGACGAGGAGCGUGGCUUCAUGGAUGCAAUGCUUUCAUCAAUUCUCGAUGGUGAUGAUGAAGUUACCAAGGCUUAUGAUGCCGAUACUAUCACCAAAGCUACCACUCUGGCUAUUCUCUUAGCAGGUGUAGAUGUGACCACAGGGACGUUGACAUGGGCAUUAUCUUUACUUCUCAACAAUCCUAAAACCCUAAAAAAGGUCCAAGAAGAACUAGACCAGAAUAUUGGUAGAGAUAGGCAGGUAAAUGAAACAGAGAACAACAGUAGAAACUAUGUACACUUGAAAAGGAGACUUCAAAUGGAGCAUCUAUUUGCGGUUGAACCACGAGGAAUUGGAGGUGGUCUCUGUGUGUUCUGGAAGGAUGAAGUUCAGGUUAUUCUUAUGAACUCUGAGGAAUUUAUGAUUGAGUUAAAGCUCUGGGAUGAAUCAUUCAAUUGCUUCUGGCGUCUGUUUGCCAUUUAUGCAAGCACUGAUGAGAGGAAAAGACGAAGCCAAUGGUUGUCCCUGAGUAAAAGGAUUGAGAAGGACAAGGAUAGAUGCCUUAUUUUAGGAGACUUUAAUGAUAUUUUGUGUAAUGAAGAAAAGGAAGGCAGGAACUUCAGAGGUGCGGCCAGCAUGAGAGAAUUCCGAGGCUUUGUGGCAGGUAAUGACCUCAUGGAUCUGGGGUAUGAAGGAUACCCCUUCACGUGGCGAAAUAACAGGGAGUCUCUUCCCAUCCAGCAGAGGCUUGACCGUGGCCUUGUCACUCAUGGGUGGCACGACCUUUUCCCUGAUACUAUUAUCAGACACGUCGUCCUUGAAGGUUCGGACCAUGCUAUGCUGCUGCUAUCUACGGAAAAGUUUCGGGCCUGGAGAGGCAGGAAAUUUUCCUAUGAUGGUCAUUGGAGUAAAUCGAAGGAGUGUCGUGAGCUUGUGGCGGGGGAGUGGAUAGAUAAGACCAGUGGAUCCCAUGCUUACCGGUUCUGCGAGAAAAUUAAAACGCUCAGGAAAAGUCUUAAGCUCUGGUAUAAAGAAACUGGCAGGAACUCUAAAAAGAAGGUUGAACUUUUGAAAGCUGAGAUCAGAGUGGCGCUUCAGUCUAAGGAUUUCUCCUCUGAGGCGGUUAAGCAAAAAGAGAAAGAUCUCAGGGCAGCCCACAAGGACGAAGAGCUCUACUGGAAAACUAAGUCUAGGAAUCAAUGGCUUAAUGAGGGGGAUAAGAACACCAAGUUCUUUCACGCUCAGACUCUGAAAAGAAGAAGGUUAAAUCAGAUACGAGGGAUUGAAGACUCCCAAGGGGUGUGGCACGAGGAGGACACGGAGAUUGCCGACACGGCUGUUGCCUAUUUUACUGAUUUGUUUCAAUCUUCUAGACCGAGGCAAAUUGAUGAUAUUGUGAGAAAUGUUGAAGCCAGGAUCACACCUGAGGACAACAAUGCACUAACUGGCCCGGUGACUACCGCUGAAAUUGUAUUGGCAGUCUCUCAAAUUCCUCCUUCUCGGGCACCGGGACCGGAUGGGUUCUCUGGUUGCUUCUAUCAAGACCAUUGGAAUACUGUGGGAGAGGAUGUGGUUAAGAUCAUUAAAGCCUUCUGGCAUUCAGGUACUCUGCUGCGAAAGCUAAACCAUACUAAUUUGGUUCUCAUCCCAAAAGUUAGAUGCCCAAAGAACAUGGCGCAAUAUAGGCCCAUUGCCCUGUGUAACGUAAUUUAUAAGAUUCUUGCUAAGGUUCUCACCAAUAGGCUAAAAGUGGUGAUGCCUAAAGUGAUUGGGGAUAAUCAAUCUGCCUUCGUUGCUGGUAAACAAGUCCAGGAUAAUAUUCUUGUGGUUCACGAAGUCCUUCACUCACUGCUUCAUCAAAGGAGGGAUGACCAGGCUGGUAUGGCCAUUAAACUUGAUAUGGCUAAAGCCUAUGAUCGGGUUGAGUGGAACUUCCUUACUUCCAUAAUGUCUAAGCUGGGUUUCGCGCCCCUAUUUUGUAAGUGGAUUAAGGCAUGUAUCUCCACGGUAUCCUUCAGCAUUGUGGUUAAUGGAACCCCGACCGGGUUCAUCGUGCCGCAGCGUGGUUUGAGACAGGGUGACCCUCUCUCUCCCUUUUUAUUUCUCCUGUGCACUGAAGGCCUCUCGGUGAUACUCAGGAAAGGGCUUGAACAAGGUGCUCUCCACGGCUUCAAGUUCACGGCCACGGGAACCCCGCUUACCCAUCUUUUCUUUGCUGAUGAUUCGGUUGUUUUCGGCAACGCCACUGUGGAUGAUGCGCGUGCGGUUGCUGAAGCUCUGAAGGUUUAUGCUGGCGGAUCUGGUCAAGAAAUUAACUUAACCAAGAGUUCAGUGUUCUUUAGCCCUAAAACCCCUAAUCGUACAAAGAGGGAAAUUGAGGGAACGUUGGGGAUCCAAUGUAAGCAGGGUUUUGGGAAGUAUUUAGGGCUGCAGGCAGAUUUCGGUCACUCAAAAAAAGUUGUCUUUGCGGAGGUUCGCGAUAAGGUGGAAGCCCGGUUGGCGGGAUGGACUGAACAAUUCUUAUCCCAAGCUGGUAAGGAAGUUUUAAUCAAAAGCGUGGCCAUGGCCUUACCAAAUUACGCCAUGAGUUGUUUUAAGCUUCCUAUUGGAGUUUGCAGGGACAUUGAGAAAGCCAUUCGAAAGUUCUGGUGGAAAGGUAACGAACAACGCCAUGGUAUUCAUUGGGUUUCCUGGGAAAGGAUAUCGAAACGAAAGAUGACAGGUGGCCUGGGCUUUAAGGAUAUUCAGUGCUUCAACUUGGCUAUGCUAGCUAAAAUUGGAUGGAGAUUGACUUGCAAUCCGACGUCCCUGUUAGCUACAGUCUUGAAAGACAAAUACCAUCCUGGUUGUUCCUUUAAAGAUGCAGGGAGAGGGAAGCUCACCUCCUGGGGUUGGAAAGGUAUCUACGAGGCCCGAAAGGUUCUGCUAAAGGGGAUUAGAUGGAGGGUCGGGAAUGGAAAAUGCAUAAACAUCCGAGAUGACCCUUGGUUCCCUAAACCCUCUUCCUUCCGAGUUUGUCCUUAUGAAAACCUGGAUGCCACUAUGGUUUGCGAUUUAAUAGACCCGGUUUCAAACUCUUGGAAGGCUAACAGUAUUUUUGCAGGUUUUCACCGUGAGGAUGCAGACACUAUCCUUAGCAUUCCGCUAAGUCUUUUUGGCUGUGAAGACAGAUUGAUGUGGCGCCACUCUGUGAAUGGGGUUUAUUCCGUGAAAUCCGGAUAUGGGAUCGCCAUGGAAUUGAUGGAAAAUGGCGCUUUGGGAAAGAAGGGGCUAGGUGCCCUUAGUGAGCCGAUGCAGCUAAAAAAGGUUUGGUCCAGGAUUUGGAGCCUGCAGGUCCCUAGUAAAAUUAAGCUUUUUAUUUGGCGAUGCUGUAACAAUGCCUUGGCUGUGCGGCGAAAUAUCCAGAGACGACACAUGCGGGUUGACAAUGUCUGCGGAGUGUGUAACGCAGUGGACGAAACCGAGAAUCACUUAUUUUUCCGAUGCAGGUUCAGUCAUUCUUUCUGGUUUUGCUCUCCUCUUCACCUGAAUUCCCACGAACUGGAAGGUUUUGAUUUUCUCGAUAGUUGGGGAAAGUUCCAUGAGGGUUUGAAAGGUAAGGUAAACGCAGAGGAGAUAUGUCAAGAAUUUGCUUUUGGAUUAUGGAGACUAUGGAAAAACAGGAAUGAUGCUGUCUUUAAAGGGCUGUACCGGCAGCCUCUCGAUGUUAUGGAUUUAUGGUGGAAGAACAUUAUCGAAUUUAGGGAGGCUUCUACCAGUUUGGGCGAUGAUGCGUGGAACAUGGAUGUCACCCCCCUCUCUGCUGCUGCCCGCCCUAGCCUUCACUGGCAGAGACCUAGGUAUGGGACCAUCAAGAUCAACACGGACGCGGCCUGGUGCAAGGAUACCCUCCGUGCUGGUAUGGGCUGGGUGGGGCGUGAUUUUGCUGGGGUGCUCCAAGCUGCGGGUGGACUGGGUACUGUGCUUUGCCUUAGCGCAGCGGCGGCCGAAGCAAUCGCGAUCCGUUAUGCAUUGAAGGCUUGUAUUACCCAUAGAUUCAAUCAUGUUGUUAUUGAAUCUGAUGCUAAGCUGAUUAUUCAAAUGAUCAGAAAGGAAGUGACGGUCGACUGUAAUUUGGAUUGUGUUCUUGGCGAUAUUGAGAUUCUAGCGCAAAAGUUGACGUCGGUGACGUUCGCGUUUGUGCCUAGGGAGAGCAAUCAUGCUGCUCACUUGGUGGCUAAGCACGUGUUCAAGGAAGGUCGAGACAUUACCUGGGAUUGUAUUGGCCCAGAGUUUUUGUUUAAUGCACUUGCUAAAGAUGUAAACCUUUUGAUUCGUCUUUAA